UAAAUAGAAAAAUUAACCAAAAAAAAUAUUGGAGUUUUAAUACUUAAGUAAUAGGAAAUUCCUCUUAAUGAAAUAUGCAACACACUUUAAGUAUCGCGUAGCCGAUCCGCACAAACGUAUGCGAAAAUUUUAUGAAAAGGAAUGACAGAAAAACUCGAUUUGAGUUGCUGGACUCUUUUUGCUCGUGUGAAUGCACAGAGUGACACCAAAAGAGAAUUUAGCGAUAACAAGGGUCAAAAGAGUCCAUAUGUAAACACAAUGUUUCCUUUGAGAAUACUACGCGAUACCGUAACAAGAAUGGUUGCGUAGGAACACAUAAAAACUUUGCUAAGGCUAUCGAUUAAAAUGUUUUCUCUUUCAAGUGACAGCUGACUGAUAAUCGGUUCAUAUAACAUCUAUACAACAAGUAUAAAACAAAGUGUUUCUAUUGGUUAACAUAUUAAAAUUGUUUUAAAGCUGUAAUCAUAGUAAAUUUAGCAGCAUAUCUUUGGGACGCAUCUUCCAAACAUAAAAAAUAGCCGUUAGUGGACCACUUAAAGCUUAGCAUUUGAACAAUAUUUGAUUUUACAUUACACACAAAGUUACGAAAAAUAGUCAUCCUAAUAACAGUAUAAUUUACUUAAAUAUAUAUUAUAAUUAAAAAAAAAAAUGGAGUGAAAAUAAAUAAUAUGUUAUAUAUAAAAACUUCUCAAUAAGAUUUAAUUUAAAAAUGUCAGCUACAACGAAAGCUCGAAAACAGCCUACUGCUAUAUCCCGCAUGAAGCAAGAUUAUAUGCGACUGAAACGUGAUCCCCUGCCAUAUAUAACAGCUGAACCACUGCCAAAUAAUAUACUUGAGUGGCAUUACGUAGUAAAAGGGCCCGCAAAUACGCCUUAUUAUGGUGGUUACUAUCAUGGUACUUUGGUUUUUCCUCGAGAAUUUCCUUUCAAACCGCCAUCAAUUUACAUGCUUACUCCAAACGGCCGCUUCAAAACAAACACAAGAUUAUGUCUAAGCAUAUCAGAUUUCCAUCCAGAUACUUGGAAUCCAACUUGGUGUGUUGGCACCAUACUCACUGGUCUAUUAAGUUUUAUGUUGGAGACAACACCAACACUUGGAUCCAUAGAGUCAACUCAAUACGAAAAGCAACAAUAUGCAAAGAAAUCACUGGCUUACAACCUAAAAAAUCAACACUUUCGCGACUUGUUUCCCGAAAUAGGUGAGGAAAUUAACAAACGAAUAGAAGAAGAACAAAAAUCUCUUACUAAGCCUACCACAAUGCCAAAAGGAUCAAGCAAAAGAGAUAACAGUAACGAUGAAAUACCCAAUGCUGAAAUUUGUGGUAUUGAAAGUAUUGUUGAUCAUGUACAAAAUAGAGGAAUUGGAGCAAACAGUACAGGGAACUCUUUAAUUAAUUGGCAAUCAAUUUAUUCAAAUUUAAUCAUUUUAAUAAGUUUUGCAAUAUUUGCCCUAAUGGUAAAUUAUGUGAUCAAGAAUAUAAAUCAAGAAUAGAAAUAUAAAAAAAGAUAUAUUGUUCUCCCUAUAAAUAGAUAAAUUAUAACACUGAAUUUCAUUCCUCUACAAUAUAAAACAUUAUUUGUAUAUAAAUAUUAUCGUAUGUAUAACUAAUAAUAUUGUAUCAUAAAAAUACAGCGCUAGUACAUAAAUUAA